AUGAGAAGACGGACGGCGGGGACAGCAGAUCCUGUGCUCUUCAACGGACAUUUGACGGGCCGGUUUGACAGCGGGCCCUGCGUGCGGCGCAGCGCCGAGGCACCGGCCACCGGCACAGUGCGCCGCAGCGAUCCGCAGCCUCCGGGAGCGGAAGUCGACCCGCACCGGCCGGCGGCCAGCUCGGUGAUGGAGAGCUGGAGGGAGGAGCGCACCAGGAGCGUGGAGGACAACGAGAUGAGCCUGCCGGCCAUAGCCGCGGCUUACACCACCAUCCUGCGGGGGCUCGGGGAGGACCCUCAGCGGCAGGGGCUCCUCAAAACCCCCUGGAGAGCCGCCACUGCCAUGCAGUUCUUCACCAAGGGAUACCAGGAGACCAUCAUCGACGUGCUGAACGACGCGAUAUUUGACGAAGACCACGACGAGAUGGUGAUCGUCAAAGACAUCGACAUGUUCUCCAUGUGCGAGCAUCACCUGGUGCCCAUCUUCGGCCGGGUUCACAUCGGUUACCUCCCCAACAAGAGAGUUCUGGGUCUCAGCAAGCUCGCCAGGAUUGUUGAAAUCUACAGCCGCCGUCUACAAGUUCAGGAGAGGUUGACCAAACAAAUCGCCGUGGCGAUCACCGAGGCCCUGCAGCCAACCGGGGUCGGCGUGGUCAUCGAGGCGACUCACAUGUGUAUGGUGAUGCGAGGCGUUCAGAAGAUGAACAGUAAGACCGUCACCAGCACCAUGUUGGGAGUUUUCAGGGAAGACCCAAAAACCCGCGACGAGUUCCUGCGGCUGAUCAGGAGCUGAGGAAGCUCCGCCUCUUCCUCUUCCUGUUGCCUGAGGUCACCUCCACCUGUGUGUGUGUGUGUGUACGUGAGUGAGUGUGUGUGUGUGUGUGUGUGUGUGUUUUCAUCUCACCAAAGGCAGUGACAGAGUAUUUGCUGUUUUCAGUCUGUUUUAAUCGUCACAGAAGGUGAAGCGUCGGCUCGGUGACGUGUCGAUGGGACGGACUUUAACCCUUUUUGUUCACGUGUGUUGUUACGUGUGCUCGUUUCAAUCAUCAGCAUCAAAAAUACACAGUUUAAGUUUAACGACAAACAUUUGCUGGUGAAAUGAAGAACACCAUCAGAUUUACAGUAACAUUUAGUUUUCUAGCUCGGCCAUGUGUAAUAUCGAACCCUCCAAUUACGAAAUGACUCUACCACCUGAGCCACGAGAUAGCAGUCAGAUAGGUAACACUGCAAACAGAUCUUUGACUUGAGUACAGUGUAAAAAUACUUUUUACGGAUACUUCUGUUACUCGUACACUGCGUUCUUCCUGGCGUAGUACUGUAAUUUCAGAUAAGAUCAUUUUUGGUCACUACCGAAAGCUGAUGAUCGCGGGUGAGGGUUGGAACGGACUGAAACUCGAGAGCUUUGCUUUCUGGCUCAGCUCACGUUUGAACCACAGCGCUCGGGUAAAACUUUCACAGUCCUUUUUUUUCUCCGCGUCACUCUUGAACAAGACCAUGAGAUACUUGAACUCCUUCACUUGGGGCAUUCCACCGUUUUCCGGCAGAGAAUCAUGACCCAGCAUAAUGAUGCUGAAGGUCACAGUCCGACGAAUAGAAUCACAUCGUCUGCAUAAAGUCGGACUUCGGAGGAAAAUACCGUAUUUUCCGGACUAUAAGCCGCUACUUUGUUCCCACGCUUUGAACCACGCGGCUUAUACAAAGAUGCAGCUUUUCUAUUAAGGGGCGCUCUAACGGGAAGUGCAAAAACGAGACGAGACAGGGAGCGAAUCAUUUUCACCCCCUCAUCAUGGAAAGCACACGAAGAAGUUCGUAUGAUGCAGCUUUUAAGUUAAAGGCCGUCGAUCUGGCUAUCCAGGAAGGAAACAGAGCUGCUGCACGUAAACUUGGCGUUAAUGAAUCCAUGGCGGCGGCAAAAAUCAGUUCAGGUAUAUAAAUAAACAUUUACGGUACAAAAUCUUUGUUUAUCCGGUAAAUAUCUCAUUUCUCAACCUGGAUAUCGGCGGCUAAUAGUCCGGUGCAGCUUAUAUUCAGGUGCGCCUCUAUAGUCCGGAAAAUACGGUAACAGAAAAUCUCUCUGACUGAAAUCUUUCCGCACGUGUUUGCGUUUUACGGCACUUUGACGCUCUCACUCAGUUUGUUUUGAGUUUGACAUCAGUUGAUUGAACGCUUGGAUCGAUGCCACUGUUUUAAAUACGAAACAUGAAGGAACGCACAUGCAGUGAAAACGCCUGUAAUCUCACUUUUACUUUUAAUACUUCAACGUCUUACUAAGAUUAUCGUGAUCCUGUGGAAGGAUCCGCCUGUUUGUGCCAACUCGCCUCUCGAUUAUAAAAAAUAAAGAGUUCUGUCUGAAAACAAGUCGAACGUUUUAAUUUCUCACGAGAGGCAAAUGAAAUGUGUGUGUGGAAACAAGUGUGUGUCUGUUGUUCAGUGACUUUGUGUAGCUUGUUUUUGCAUUUCCAGGAUUCUUCUCAUGUCUCUAUUUUGUGCCGCCUCGCCUCCUUCCUCAUUCCCUCCUUGCAUCCCAGGUGAGAAGAGGAGGAGACGAGGACGUACAAAGUGAGAAAUGAGUUUGAAGUUGUGUAACGUGUGUGUGUGUGUGUGUGUGUGUGUGUGUGUGUGUGUGUGUGUGUGUGUGUGUGUGUGUGUGUGUGUGUGUGUGGAGUGCUAACACAGCACUGAUGUUUUUCUUUGUGGCCUUCUUGAGAAGUACGGCCUGUUCUUUGGCCCCCUUCAACAUCGUUGUUACUUUAUGUACUGUGUUCAUUUGAAAUACUUUUUAAUCGAAGAAAAUAAAUCAAUCUAUGUGA